AAUCUCCACCAUCAGUAAUAACAGCACUAAUAAUAUUUCUGUUAGUUACAAUCGUACGACACUAUUUUUGGAUUUUCAAAGUAAAUUGAUGAUGGAUGUUGCCUAUAAAAGUACAAAGAAAUGCAACCUAUCAUUAUUCUGUCUUUAUUCUAUUGGUUGCGAGCGUUGAACGAACCUAAAGUAUCACUUUUUGAAUAGUUGACUCACAGUAAAAGAUGAUUUUGUUUGCCGUGUAUAUGUUUCUGCUAAUUGGUGCAAGUUCUUCGAUGACGGCUGGAAGUAGUCCGGGUCUCAUGAGUGUCUUGUUGAGGUCUGUCUACACAAAUUCCAAGGAAACAAUCCAACUAUUUGGACACGUUAGAGGUAAAAGCACAAUGAAAUCAAGAGAGAUAACCCGACCAGAGAGUCGGAUAAAGAGCACGCCAGGAACACCGCGAUGUGGCAGACCUGAUAAGAAACUUCUACCGAGUCGGAACAAAGUCCUUGACAAGCAACAAGUAGCCAAUGCCCCUUAUGGCUAUUCAGUGUCAGGUCGACGCUGGAGAAAGCAGACAGUCACGUGGAAAGUGAGCGCCUGGUCGAAACAUUUGCCAGAGAAAGACCAAAUAUUGGCUCUGGAGAACGCAAUACAUUUAUGGGGGAAGCAUAUUCCCUUAAAAUUCCAGCAGACUUCAGGUGACGCCGACAUAGACAUUUCCUUUGCAAGCUCAAACCACGGAGAUAUAGCGCCCUUUGAUGGUCCAGGGAACAUAUUAGCCCACGCUUAUCCUCCAGGCAGAGGUGUAGGCGGCGACAUACAUUUGGACGAGGACGAGUCAUGGACAGUGGGCACCGGUGAAGGAUCAGACCUUCCAACAGUAGCACUUCACGAGUUUGGACACGCUUUGGGCCUCGAACAUUCUCUAGACCCCACAUCAGUGAUGGCGCCGCAGUACCAAUACAGAAAUAAUUUGUCACUGUCGGAUGAUGAUAUUGAAGGGCUACGGGUCGUGUACCGAGUUAGAAAUCAAAAGAAAGGUGUGCUGACUACUAGGUUGUGACAGUUGUAGGCUGAUGAUGUCGGAUUACUUAAGACAUGACAACUCAUCUCACUCCACAAGUUCUUUCAUAUGCCAGUUUUUUUUAUUAUAUUAAAAGUAUUUACCAA